UUUAAAAGUCUGUCUGCCUCCUAACAUGAGGUGCACUUGUUUUGGAAUCUGAUUCGCCGCGGAGGCUGCGAACGCCCCGCCCCCGCGGCCUUUCGCCGCUCCCGAUUGGCCGACGCUGUCGCCCGUCUCGGGGACAUCAAGAGAGGCACGAGUUGGCCCGUGAGCCUGCGCUCGCUAGUCCUCAGUGUCGCACACGCAGCGGUAAAGAGCAGGUCCCGAUGCUCGAGUCACGGCAGCCCUGGGCGGAGAUGAAGGCGGACUCCGACUGGCUCUGAUUUUUAAAAGCCCUUUUCAUUCAGCAGCUCGGUUGCCGGAGCGGUGAUCAAUAUGGCAGAUCCGUUAUCCCAGGAGCCCACCGCUGCAAAAAUGGCGUCACUUCACCGGGUCCGAGCUUUGGCGUUGAUUUUCCUAAGUGUCACGGGCUGCUGUGUCACCCCGACCAGCGGCAAGGAAGGGUUCGARGAGACCGUCAUCAUAGGGCUCCGGCUGGAGGACACGGACGACAUUUCCUUCAUGGACAGGGGCUACCUGCGGGUGAGCGAGCGGUCCCGAGUGAAAUUGCGGGUGUACGGGCAGAACAUCAACAACGAGACCUGGUCCAAGAUCGCGUUCACGGAGCACGAGCGGAGCCGGCCGGUGGGGGGCUUUGACAGCUCCUCGGGGGACAACCAGAGCCAGGAGGACUCCUCCGGCUCGCAUCCCUGCGGAAUUAGGACUUCGGAUAUAAUUAUAUUACCCAACAUCAUCUUGAAUCGCAAAACAUCCGGAAUAGUAGAAAUCGAGGUCAAGCCUCUCAGAAAGACCGAAAGGAGUAAAGCGUAUUACCUCUGCAUCGCCACGUCCGCGCCGGCAGCGGCCGGGACGCACGACCCGUGGACGGAGACCACCUGGAUCUACCACGACGGGGAGGACACCAAAGUGAUCGUGGUGGAGGAGAAGAAGUUCCUGCUGCCUUUCUGGCUCCAGGUCAUCUUCAUCUCCAUGCUGCUCUGCCUGUCGGGCAUGUUCAGCGGCUUGAACCUGGGGCUCAUGGCUCUGGACCCCAUGGAGCUGCAGAUAGUUCAGAACUGCGGCACGGAGAGGGAGAAGAACUACGCCAAGAAGAUCGAGCCGGUCCGGAGCCAAGGGAACUACCUGCUCUGCUCGCUCCUGCUCGGGAACGUGCUGGUGAACACCACGCUCACCAUCCUGCUGGACGACAUCGCCGGCUCCGGGCUCAUCGCGGUGGUCAUGUCCACCAUCGGGAUAGUGAUUUUCGGGGAGAUCGUGCCGCAGGCCAUCUGCUCCAGACACGGCCUGGCCGUCGGCGCCAACACCAUCUUCCUCACCAAGUUCUUCAUGCUGCUCACCUUCCCCGCCUCCUACCCGGUGAGCAAGCUGCUGGACUACCUGCUGGGACAGGAGAUCGGGACCGUGUACAACCGGGAGAAGCUCCUGGAGAUGCUGCGCGUCACGGACCCCUACAACGACCUGGUGAAGGAGGAGCUGAACAUCAUCCAGGGCGCGCUGGAGCUCAGGACUAAGACGGUGGAGGACGUGAUGACGCCCCUCAGAGACUGCUUCAUGAUCCCGGGGGACGCCACCCUGGACUUCAACACCAUGUCCGAGAUCAUGAAGAGCGGCUACACGCGCAUCCCGGUGUUCGAGGGCGAGAGGUCCAACAUCGUGGACCUGCUGUUUGUUAAAGACCUGGCCUUUGUGGACCCGGAUGAUUGCACGCCGCUCAAAACCAUCACAAAGUUUUACAGCCACCAGCUGCAUUUUGUGUUUAAUGACACCAAGCUGGACGCCAUGCUGGAGGAGUUUAAAAAAGCUGUUACCUGGCCUUCCUCCCACCUCCCUCUCAUGUCUUCCUCCCUCAGAUUUGUAAGCAGCAGCAGCAGCAGCAGGCCAUGUGGGAAUCGUGCAGCAGCAGUGCUCAGGUUAUCAGGAAAAUCCCACCUGGCCAUAGUUCAGAGGGUGAACAACGAAGGCGAGGGCGACCCUUUCUAUGAGGUUCUGGGAAUCGUCACCCUGGAGGAYGUCAUUGAAGAAAUAAUCAAGUCCGAGAUCCUGGAUGAGACGGACUUAUACAAGGUGGAGCCAUUCUCACCGCUGCAGAUGUCAGAAAAGAUUCUGCUGCGAUUAUUGAAGCACCCGAAYGUCAUCCAGGAGCUGAAAUACGAUGAGAAGAAUAAGCGAGCGGCGGAGCACUACCUCUUCCACAGGAACAAACCCGUGGACUAUUUUAUCCUCGUUCUCCAGGGGAAGGUGGAGGUGGAGGCGGGAAAAGAGGGGAUGAAGUUUGAAGCGGGACCCUUCUCCUUCUACGGGAUGAUGUCUCUGACGGCAUCACCUGUGCCACUGUCCCUGUCUCGGACAUUUGCAGUCAGUAGAGCAGAAUCAUUAGCGGGAUCUCCAGAGAACAAGUCGCCUCCACGGCCGUUCGGCCUCAACCACUCCGACUCCCUGAACAGGAGCGAGCGUCUGGACGCCAUCACGCCGACGCUGGGCAGCAGCAACAACCAGCUCAACUCCUUCCUUCACAUCUACGUGCCGGACUAUUCAGUCAGAGCGCGCUCAGACCUGCAGUAUAUAAAG